AUGCCCGCCGUCUCCUCGACCUCGACCUCCAUCCCGCUGCUGCAUACUCUCGUUAAUCGAAAUGCGACUGCCACGAAUGUGACCGGUACUGCUUUGCAGGUCGUAUGCGCCUGGCCAGUAUCCGGCCAGUAUGGACCAGGUUCGCGGGUCUUAUAUUAUGUCCUCAUCGCAGCCUGCGUCUUUGCUCGGAAAGCAGAAUGGCUUAGGAAUGCUUGUGUAGCAGCUGCGUUGCUGUUCCCGGCCGUCGCUGCCCUCCACGCCAUCGUCCUGGCAGCAGCACACGUGAAUGGCGCGGUUGAUAUGGAUAUCUACGGCGCUUUCCAGCUAUGCUCGAUAGGCAUCUUGGCCGCGCCCGUGACGGUCAGGCUAUCCCGAACGUACUUCUACGAACCCGGCCGAAACAUGAUCUUCUUGUGGACCGGCCUGAUUCUUGCUGGGCUGCUGAGCCUGACGGUCGAGUUCUUCCGGAGCCAAACAUUGGAUUGCACGCACGACGACUCUGGCACUCCCAUCUCUCCCCGUGCUAGCGAGUUCUCUUACGGGACCACUUGUGGCAUCACCUGCUCUGUCACGCAAGGUCCGUUCUCUUCCAUGCGAGGCGGUUCGGCGAAGGACAUCUACGUAAUCCCUGCGCCGGACAAGCUUACCUUCAACACGGCCACGCUCCUGGCCGCUGCGUGCUGCAUCCCGGCCGUCCUCUCGCUAAUAUCCAUGUGGAACAAGAUCCUUGAGAUUAACUGGAAGACGCGCUUUGGUGAUCGAGAUGGAGAUGAGCGGACUGACGAGCCGAUCGAGGGCACGAAUGGUGCCACCAUCGAGAAGAUGCGGAGCGUCAACAGCUUGAUCAGGUUGUUCCUGAGUGCCGUGGAAAUUCCGGUAUUCGGUGCUGCAGUACUGGCUAUCCUCAUCAUCGGCGAGAGGAACUUCUUCAGUCCUCAAGUCUGGCAUCAAACGGAACCCAUAGCUAGUAUUGGCCAAUGGGCACCCAUUGUUGGUACUGGACUCGCGGUGGCCGGGUCACUGUACCUACUCCUGGCAGCAAAUAUGAAGGCUGUGAAGGAGGAAGCCAACACAAGUGCAUCCAAGCACCACUGCAACUGCUUAAUGCGGGAAGUCUCCAUGGGGGAAGACAAGAGAGGCCGCUUUGCCGCGUCCUCCCACUCGGCCGCUACUCCGGGUGCUGUCGAUAUGCGCCGUAGCUUCUCCAACGAGAGCGGAGAGAGCUCGAGCGAAAUCGUGCCUACAGUCAGUCGACCUGCCUCCGACGCGGGCAAUAGGCGUCGAGUAGCUAACGUGUUGACCACGAUUGGCAACCACCUCGGCACCGCAGCGCACAACCAGUUCGACGACUCCGAGUUCAAACGCGGAAAGGCAGUUGACUUCCCCGAGAUCCCAGGGGAAGAACACCGAAAUCACGCGCUGCGUCAGAUUCGAGACCAGUACAAUCCGUCCCGGGACGCCGAUGGGAAUGCCACUCCCACGCUUCGCGAACAUCCUUCGAGGCCGGGGAGUACUCGUAGCGUUGCCUCUGGACGAAGUGUCGAACGAGCGAACAGUUGGACAACGCCGAGAGCAGCAUCACCUCAACCGCACACCAGGCCUCGAAUACUGCACGCGAAUACAUUGCCGGCCGAGCGAACCUCGUUCGAGCUACCGAUCCCUUCUUCGUCUCCAUCUACUGAUUUGCCCGGAGGAGGUAGACCACGGCAGCGACGAGACACCCUCGAGGUGCCGUCGCCGGUCCAUCACACUCCUACGCGGAACAACCUACCUGCUUCUCCCAUCAUCUCCAUCGUCGAUAUUCCCCAGGGCCAAAGUUCACCUGCCAUUGUGGUCUCCCCCGAUCCCGAUACGCCCUCUCCUGCAAUUCCUCUGCCAUCUAAGCCGCUACCAACGCCGCCAACGUCGGGGUCGCCUCCCUCGGCAUGGCAGGGACGCCAGCCCACCCCAUAG